GAUUAAUGCCCAAUUGCAAUUCGUUUCUCGGGGCCACAAUUUCCGCUUGCCAGUGACAGUAAGUGAAACGCCUCUGUUCGAUUCGGUUGCGUCUAGGCUAACGAAAGGCCACAUAAGUUCAAGCAGUUAAAGUGAAAUAAUCCCCAGUGGAGCACAAUUGUUGAGGCAGGUGAAGUUGGGGCACAUAAUGCCAGCUAUUAAAUGGGUAUCGCACGGAGCACGCCGGUGGUAAUUAUUUGCUUGCGUCAGACUUUGAUCGACGGUUGAAAGUUUUCCUUCAAUGGAAAACAUCAGAUUCUGCCGAAAGUGCAUCCGGGAGGUUGGGUUCGCAGUACACUUUUGUGGGUCAUAAAAAAAAACAAACAGGGCUCACAAUUAAGCUAGCUGAGAACGGGUUUUGUUGUUGAGGUAUUUUUCUGUUUUAAUUAAAAUUGUGAAGUACAAAAUACCCAUUCGUUAAAGUCCAGAAGCUAUUUAUAAAUCAGAUAUCAGAUAUCAGUUUACAAGUCAGAGAUAAGUGUUUAUAGUUUAACGAAAUGCAAAAAAUUCCAUCAAAGGACUUUUUGAACAGAGUACCGGUUUUUCGUUUUAACUUUCCCUUUAAGGAAUAAUGAACUAAACUAGUUAAAAAGGCAUUAAAAGCAGGUAUCACUUUCAAGGAUGCGUUCGAUGACUCGAACUUAAGACCAAGGUCUGUGGAAUCUCGUUUUUAUAUAGAUUCUGUUGCCUAUAAGCAUUUCACAAUGAUAUUCCCUACCCAAAGAACGAUAAAUAUCAGUGGAAAUAUUUACAUUCAUUUUUAAAACGUGUCCCUGAGGCACAAGAUCACUUAAAAGUAAAACUCCAUUUAACUUGAUUGCUCCCUACUCAACCGACAUAUCUUAAAACUGAAGGAACGAUAAAAACCGGAUUCGUUUUAAGCUGAGUCACUAUGAUUCUGAACAAUGGCACUAACCGAUAUAGCUUGAACCGGUGAACAACUAGCGCCAGAUCGCGGCAUCCAGAUCACACAACAUAUCCACACCAUGGGCAAGGCAGAGUGCAUUAGCUACGAUGAGCACAAGUUGCCCUACAUCGAUCUGGGCUCGGCACAGAUCCGCAUGGAGAAGGAACAAGCGCCGGAAUGGGCACUGAAGAAGGCACAGGAUGAGUUGCGGGAAGUGCCCGGCGUCAAGGAGCAGGCCAUCAAGGAACUCAGGGAACUCAUUCAAAAUGAAAAGUACCUGAACCUGCCAUUGGAUGAUGAGUAUAUGAUGAUGUUCCUGCGUCCCACCCAUUACUAUCCAGAAAGUGCCUUGAAAAGGCUCAAGAACUUUUAUCACAUGAAAUUGAAGUAUGGAGCCGCUUGCGAGAACAUAAUCCCCAGCAAGUUGAGAAACGUUUUCGAGGCAAAUAUUCUGAAUUUGCUGCCCCAAAGAGAUCAACACGGCCGUCGGCUUUUGGUGCUGGAAGCUGGCAAAAAAUGGAAGCCAUCGCAAGUGCCCUUGGUGGAUCUAUUCCGCGGCAUUCAAUUGACCGUACUGGGUUCUAUGGUGGAGCCCUACUCACAAAUUUGCGGCUCAGUUGUCAUUAUCGAUAUGGAAGGGCUGCCACUUAGCCACAUUACACAAUUUACACCGUCAUUUGCCGCCAUGUUGCUGGAUUACAUUCAAGAAUGCAUCUGCAUGCGUUUGAAAGCAGUUCACAUAGUGAAUAAUUCAUAUAUAUUCAAUAUGCUCUUUGCCGUAUUCAAGCCAUUCAUUCGCGAAAAGCUGCGCAAGAGGAUCUUCUUCCAUGGCAAGGACUACAAGUCCCUGAUCUCCCAUAUUGAGGCGAAGGCUUUGCCUCCGAAAUACGGUGGUUCUGCCACAUGGGAACUGCCACACGGCAAAGUUUUGGGCGAAUUCUUUGAGUGCUAUUCCAAGGAUUAUGAACUGGCUGACAGCUAUGGGUAUACUGAGGGGUAUAAGAUGAAGAAGUAAUAGUACAAGGAAUAGUCCAAAACUAACCCCCCAAAUCCGCACAAUCCUCCCUUCCCCCUUUCGAUUCGUAUUUUAGUCACUUAAGUUGGGUCAUUUGUGAUAUUGCAAAUAUUGUCGUACGUUAAGUAAUAGUCUCUUUGCCCUUUAAAUGUAAGGUUAAGAAAAUUAUUCACAAUAAUUAAAAUGAUCACGAUACAAGCUCAUGAGCUAGGCAUUAAAGUGGAUACCAUAUAUACUAUAUAUUUUGUAUAAUUGUUAUUGAACUAAUAAAGAUGAAAAAAAUGUUGUUAAAAUUCAAAACAAACGUUGUGAGCUGUAAUGAAAUAAAAAUAGUUAUGUGCAAUCUUACCCACUUAACCUACUAAAAUGAUAAUUUCCUUUGUAGUUGAAGAUUUUAUUUGACACGAAAGCCAUGGGUCAAGAAAUCAUUUUAAUACAAAACAUAUCUAAUAACUAAGGAAUGUAAAAAGAGUAUUCGUUAGCUAAGCGAAGUCCACCAGACGUUUCGACUUCGAAGGCUAUCUAAUCUUUGGCAUAGGCACGGGAAUGCUUGCAAUUUUCAGUUGGGUGUUUUAGAGUGUCACUAAACUAUGAGCUACGACUAAAGCACUAGGACGGCUUAACUAUCUAAAUGGCGUGAAUGUGGCGGUUCUGUUCAAUCCUGCUUAUUGUCGCUGAUGGCUGUGGAUGCAGUGGCCACACUUUCACCCGUCUGGGAUUUAAUAAUGGUUGGCUUACGGCCUUUUUCGAGGAGCGGAGAACUGUCCGGAGAUCCUUUGACACUCUUUUCGCACACCAAAGUGGAGGCCUUGGACUUCAGUUCCUCAGCACUGGAGAAUUGAGAGCGACUCUUAUACUGGCCAUUCGUUUUGGUUUUGGUCCUCAGAUCGUAUCUACGAUUUCGACAGG